AUGAUUGUUACUGUUUGGUUCAAGAAUCGGAGGGCGAAAUGGAGAAAAAGGGAGCGCAACCAGCAAAUGGAUUUGUGUAAGAACAGUUACCUGCCCCAGUUCAGCGGACUAAUGCAGCCGUAUGAUGAAGUCUACCCCGCGUACACCUACAACAACUGGACCAACAAAGGCCUGGCCCCAACCCCGCUGUCCACCAAGAACUUCACCUUCUUUAAUUCCAUGAGUCCCCUCACGUCCCAGUCCAUGUUCUCAGCCCCGACCUCGAUCUCCUCCAUGAGCAUGGCGUCUGGGAUGGGACACUCCGCCGUGCCUGGCAUGCCGACCACCGGCCUGAGCAACAUCGGUAACCUGAACGGUAUCGGGAGCUCCGCGAUCAAUCCGGCCAUGAGCUCGUCAGCGUGCCCCUACGGGCCUCCGGGAUCUCCUUACAGCGUCUACAGGGACACUUGCAACUCCUUAAGACUGAAAUCCAAGCAGCAUCCAUCUUUCGGAUAUAGCGGGUUGCAGAGUCCCGGCUCUAGUCUAAACGCGUGCCAGUACAACAGCUGACGAGCUAACCUCCGGUGAACGGACACCGGGAGAAAUAACAACCGUACUGGAUUUGCAGUGGAAUAUGCGGAUCGUCUGUGCUUACCUAAACUUGCACAACAGUUUAAAUCCAUUGUUUGGAUUUCAACGUUUUGAAGACAAGUUAAACUCAUACAUUGUACAUAAAUAUAAACGUGGAACAAAAUGUAAAAAUGAUGCAGUGCUCC